AUGGAGCUAGAUCCGGUGAACGUGAACGAUCCGGUGAAUGUGAACGAUCCGAACUCCAAGUACGGGAUCGGCCAGGAACGAAGCACGGUCGAUACAAGUGCUGUCAAGUCCAAUUUGAAUACCGUUGCGUCUUCUUCCAGUAGAGAUGCACUUUCGUUUUUCAAUUACCACGAGUUCUUGGUGAACGACUAUAAUCUGAUUCUGGGGUCCCGCUCGUCGCUCUUGUCGUCGUCGACGUCCCCUGUCGAUGCUCAGACCACCAAACAUCGAACAAAAGCCAUAGUGAUCAACCAUUUCCCCAAUAACCAUGUUGCUACGUCUUCUGCCACUUAUAAGUCUACGAGAGUGAUACGAAUCCCACGGGAGUUCCACAGCCACGAGCUCGGAUACAUGAUCCCCCAAUUCUCCACCUAUUGGCCCGGUCAGGAACCGGCUGCACUAUUAGACCAAAGUCAAGACCCAUACGAAUUCCACCCCGUAGGAGAAUUCGAUGACCAUAGUCUCUUCGGGGCUACAUCGAUAACCCCAUUGGAGGCCGGGCUAAUCACUCCUCAAGAGUUUAAUACCAUUAUCACAAAGAUUAAUCAUUUGUUAUUACAAGCAUUCAACCCUUUCAGUCUUGCCAAUCUCUUGGAAAAUUUUCUCGACCUUAUAACCGGCACAUUUUACUCCAGGAUAUUCAGCAGAUAUGUCCUACGAAACUACUCCCAGAGAAAGCUCUUGGAGUUGGAAACUUACUUGGACGUAGACGUGAAUCAAAACUUAUUCAACGCAUCUGAUCGAGAUAUCAAAUUCAUUUCUCCCAGAAGAUGCGGUUACCUCUCGUGUAUGUCAAGGUUGUUCAGAUACAUUUCAAAGAGUAUGAACGGGGUAUUUGCAUUUGAAAAACCUAGUGGUGUCACAUCCAAUAAUUGUAUAUUGGAUCUUCAAAGACUUUUCACAGAAUCCGAUGUUUUUGCUGAAGAUCUACGCAAGGCUAAAGAAACUACUUAUGCCAAUUAUGCUACCGAUAAGAGGAAUUCUGAGAAAUUUAUUCAGAAAAAAGUUAGUAAAGUUAAGAUUAAAGUUGGACACGGUGGGACUUUAGACCCUCUUGCUAAAGGAGUUAUAGUGGUUGGAAUUGGAUCCGGGACUAAAAAAUUACAACAUUAUUUAACAGAAUGUCGUAAGACUUACGAAACCAAGGCAUUACUUGGAAUUUCAACAACAACUGGUGAUCAAGAGGGUGAGGUGCUAACCCAGAAUCCAAUUGAACAUAUUACCAAGGAUCAAGUUACGGCCACUGCGCCUAAAUUCAUCGGAGAUAUCAAACAGACUCCUCCAAUUUUUAGUGCAUUGAAAAUGAAUGGUAAGCCUUUAUAUGACUAUGCCAGAGAAGGGAAACCAUUACCUAAGCCAAUCAAGGCAAGAGAAGUGAAGGUCUUUGAUAUCAAAGUAUUCGAAGAAGAUUCUCUUAGUACCGAUCAUGCUUUUGCCAAGCUUGAAAGUAAAGUGGAUGAAAAUGGAGAACCAAUAGAACACUUGUUGGCAAAUAAUCCUACUUUGAAUGAUAGUCCAUUAUAUUACUCCGAGCAAUAUUUGUCUGAUCCAAAUAUUCCUGAAGAUGCAAAAAAAACUAUUAAACCCCAGCCAUUACCUACAGAUACAAAACUUCCAGAUCAAUUACCAAUGAUCCAUCUUAGCUGUGAUGUCUCUUCGGGUACUUACAUCAGAAGUCUUUUGAAUGAUUAUGGAAGAGCAAUGGGCUCAUCGGCUUACAUGGUGGAAUUGAUCAGAACCAAACAAGCAGAAUGGGAAUUGGGUAAAAACGUUUUCAAAACCUCUGAUUUUUUUGAAAAAGACGAAAGAAUAUGGGGGCCGGUCUUGAAAAAAGUUCUUGAUGGAGGUUCUGACAUUGAUUUAGACCAUGAAUUCGCCGUUCUUUCUGAACAAGUAUUACCAUUGAUUGAAAAGGAAAAGCUUCUCAAUGAACAAAGUGAACUGCCUGACCAUAAUGAACAGGAGAAACCGGAUUCAAAGAAAAGAUCUAAACACGAUGAAGACUCCGAUGUUCCUACUAAAAAGUAA